AUGAUGCAUCGCUGGAAGGCGGGAGACGACCCCGUCCGGGAGCACGCCAGGCACUUCCCCGCCUGCGCUCUCAAGGCUCAACUACCGGGACAGACGCCGCAGAGUACAACUGCGGAGAUUGAGCACGCAUCGCCAUCGGUCGAGGAGCUUCUGGACAAGCUGGAAGAGCGGCUGUCCUGCAAAGUGUGCAUGGAGCACGAGGUGUCCAUCAUCUUCACGCCGUGCAGACACGUGGUGACGUGCGGCCACUGCGCCCUCUCCCUGAGCGAGUGUCCCGUGUGCCGCGUGGCCGUGAGAAGGGCGCUCCGGGCCAUCAUGGCUUAGGCGGACGGCCGUGGGAAGGAAGAGAGAGAAACGACCGCCCGGGAUUCCGACCGUUGGGGCCAGUUAGUUGAUUAACCCCUCCUCCCUCUCCCGUUGCGAGACAUAGGCCGGUCGCUGGCAAGCGGUGAGAGGCACGGGGAGGGCAAUUUAACUCGGCCACCGCCCUCCACCCAUAGAUCAGCUUAUUUUUUGGUUUCCGGAAUGUGAAAGGGUUCAUUGAUAACGAUCAGAGUGUGGUGAUUUGAAGGCGUACGAUGUCAGACUUUGAAAGUGAAGAAGUGAAGUUUAAGGCUGUUCUUUAAUUUGUACUUUAACCAGGAUGGUACGCAAAGUUUAUUUGUUAACAAUUUAUACAUUUGUGAGUUAUUACAUUUACAACUCUGUGGGACACAGUGCAAUGGGUGGAAGGGUCAAAGAUUGCGGUGAUUUUAAGGCGAAUAUAUAUUUGUGAGUUAUUACAUGUACAACUCUGUGGGACACAAUGCAAUGGGUGGAAGGGUCAAAGAUUGCGGUGAUUUUAAGGCGAAUAUAUAUUUGUGAGUUAUUACACUUACAACUCUGUGGGACACAAUGCAAUGGUGGCAUGGGAAAGCGUUAACACGAGUGCGGUGAUUUGAAGGCGUUUGAUGCCAGACUUGAAGUGAAGAAGUUAUGUUAAAGACUGUUCUGUAACCUUUAUUUGAAUUGGAAUGUUACGCAAAGUUUCCGUGUGUAAAACAAUUUUACAUUUGUGAGUUAUUACAUUUAUAAG